UUUGUUCAGUAGAAACUACCAACUACAGUAAGUCACCGGUGAACAGCAGGCGUCAGGCCACCCUGCUGUCCUCUCCCGUCCACGGCCGCUGCUGCCACGCACACACAAACACGAGCGGCGGAAAAAGCUCACGACUCACCACAAAUAGCCAACCGUCUGACUCCCAAACACAUCGGAGUGGAAAGAGAUCUCUCGACUUGACCUGGAAAUCUGCCGAUUUAAAAGGACGCGAGUAAAGCGCCGCUCCAGAGGAACUCUUAAUAAAUGAGCUGAAGUGUCAGAAGGAUUUCUCUCUCUCUCUCUUCGGUCUCGUGCAGGAAUGACGCGUGCUUCACUGGACUCGGCCAGUGAAUUCGCAGGCUGAUGAAACACUUUGCCAAUGCCUUUUCUUUGCUUCACUGCAACCCAGCGAGAAACCUGCUGAACACCACAGUAGCGCAGUGGGGAUGGACCUUCGUCUUGACAUCUUGGUAAUGCAUGGGUUUCAAUGGCCAUGCUUUUGCAUGCCUGCUUUUGUGAAAUGCAUCACUGCUGCUCGCAAUUCCUGCUAGUCUGACUUUUUUUAAAGAGCGGCAGAUGCUCCAAAUGUGUCUCCAUCUAUCUGCGUGAGGGAUGGCGACCAAACCGCGCCAAGUCCAAGAGUGGUUAUCUACACGUUCGCACCUGUUCGGCUGGAUAACGACAGUUUAUGCCACAGGUGAAUGAAUUUCGGCUCAGUUUCUCCUAACAGUGUUUUGAAGCUGUUUUUUCUGACUCUGGCAUUCUGAUCGAGCUUGUUGCACAGUGGUAAUGGAUCUCAAAGUAGAUACCGAAGAAAUGGACACAAAUCAACCUCCACCCAUAGAAGUUUUUGCGCACAGCUCGACUCUGCACGGGAUCUCUCACAUUUUCACAUACGAGCGGUUCUGCAUCAAACGCAGCCUGUGGGUCGUGUUUUUCUUGGGGUCUCUGGCCUUCUUGCUGUACGUGUGCGUGGACCGGAUCAACUUCUACCUCGAGUACCAGCACGUCACCAAACUGGAUGAGGUCACGACCCCGAUCAUGACGUUUCCGGCGGUCACCUUCUGCAACCUGAACGCGUUCCGCUUCAGCCAGGUGACGCGCAAUGACCUGUACCACGCAGGGGAGCUGCUGGCCCUGCUCAACCAUAGGUAUGAGAUCAGGGACAUACAUCUUGUGGAGGAGAGCGUCCUGGAGAGCCUGAAGGUCAAAGCCGAUUUCCAUAAUUUCAAGCCGCGACCCUUCAACAUGUUGGAAUUCUACGGCCGCACCGGCCACGACAUCAACGACAUGCUGCUCGCCUGCAACUUUCACGGCACCGAGUGCAGAGCGGAGGACUUCAAAGUAGUCUUCACCCGCUACGGGAAGUGUUACACCUUCAACGCCGGCGGUGACGGACGCCCUCCCCUACUCACCACCAAGGGAGGUAUGGGUAAUGGACUCGAGCUCAUGCUGGACAUUCAGCAGGAUGAAUACCUGCCUAUCUGGGGAGAAACAGAUGAGACCUCAUUUGAAGCUGGGGUCAAAGUUCAGAUCCACAGUCAGGACGAGCCGUCCUUCAUUGACCAGCUUGGGUUUGGAGUAGCGCCUGGGUUUCAGACGUUUGUUUCCUGCCAGGAACAGAGGCUGAUUUAUCUUCCGCCUCCUUGGGGAGACUGUAAGGUGACGGCCAUGGAUUCAGACUUCUUUGACAGUUACAGCAUCACAGCCUGUCGCAUCGACUGUGAAACACGCUACCUGGUGGACAACUGCAACUGUCGCAUGGUGCACAUGCCUGGCGAUGCUCCGUACUGCACCCCCGAGCUGUACAAAGAAUGUGCUGACCCAGCUCUUGACUUCCUGGUGGAGAGAGACAAUGAUUUCUGUGUGUGUGAGACGCCGUGCAACAUGACUAGAUACAGCAAAGAGCUGUCCUUCGUCAAGAUCCCCAGCAAGGCCUCCGCUAAAUAUCUGGCCAAGAAAUACAACAAAUCUGAGCAUUAUAUUAAAGAGAAUAUUCUGGUUUUAGACAUCUUUUUUGAGGCUCUGAACUAUGAGACUAUUGAACAGAAGAAGGCUUAUGAAGUGGCUGGACUUUUAGGUGAUAUCGGUGGUCAGAUGGGACUUUUUAUCGGAGCAAGCAUACUCACCAUUCUGGAGCUUUUUGACUAUCUUUAUGAGGUGAUAAAGUACAAGUUGUGUCGCUGCUCCGAUAAGAAGCACAACAACAACAACAACAACGACCAGGGGACGGUCCUGAGCUUAGACGACGUCAAGUGUCAAAUCAGUAACUUUCAUUAGGCUUCUGUAGCCGCGAGGAGGGAGCCGCUGCACUCUCUCGUCUCUGAGCGCUUUCAUCGACUUUGUGCGUCGCAGUUUUCCACACUGCAGGAGCAAAACAGAGCAAAGUGUCUUCAACUGUGCCUGGUAACGGUUUGUGGAAACAGCAUGUGGCUGAAGUGAGGAGGAAGCCACACAGACAGCAGGACAGCAGAACGUGAUGAAUUCAUAAAUGUCAGAAUAAGUGCAUGGUCAUCUGUAAACAGCUUCUCAAGACUAAGUAACAGAUACAGUACAUGGGGGCAUUAACUGAGCUGAGUUCAUAUGUGUUCAGUAAAUCAGCAUUAGAAAUCCCAGCUGUGUGGUGGCGUUUGUCAUUUGUCAAUCUGAAGGAUGUCUUUGUAAAAUAAUUGGUAUGAAAGUUUGUUUUUUUUACUCACAAAAUGUUAUUUAUUAUUUUAGUUUUUUUAAGUAUUUGAAUGUCAGUGCUGCACAUUCGUUUCACGUUUGCUUUCAUCCUCCUUUUGUUCUUGACUUUUCCAGCAACUUUCAAUUUUUAUAUUCAUGUCAUCCGACUUUAUCCAUGUUUUUCUUGUUAAAACCUGAGCUUUUUGCCAAUAUACUGUACUACCUCAUCCUGUAGGGGGACAGUGCCCUUAAUAAUUUACAAGCCAAGCAAAUUAUUAAU